CAGGCACGAUGACCUCAAGGAGAUGCUGGACACCAACAAAGACUCCCUCAAGCUGGAGGCCAUGAAGAGGAUCGUGGCGAUGAUCGCGCGCGGCAAGAACGCCUCGGACCUGUUCCCCGCCGUGGUGAAGAACGUGGCCUGCAAGAACAUAGAGGUCAAGAAGCUCGUGUACGUGUACCUGGUGCGCUACGCCGAGGAGCAGCAGGACCUGGCCCUGCUGUCCAUCUCCACCUUCCAGCGCGGCCUCAAGGACCCCAACCAGCUGAUCCGAGCCAGCGCCCUGCGCGUCCUCUCCAGCAUCCGAGUGCCCAUCAUCGUGCCCAUCAUGAUGCUGGCCAUCAAGGAGGCUGCCUCGGACAUGUCGCCCUACGUGCGGAAAACAGCCGCCCACGCCAUCCCCAAGCUCUACAGCCUGGACUCCGACCAGAAGGACCAGCUGAUAGAGGUCAUCGAGAAGCUCCUGGCAGACAAGACCACGCUGGUGGCGGGCAGCGUGGUGAUGGCCUUCGAGGAGGUGUGUCCAGAGCGCAUCGACCUGAUUCACAAAAACUACCGGAAGCUCUGUAACCUGCUCAUCGACGUGGAGGAGUGGGGCCAGGUGGUCAUCAUCAGCAUGCUCACGCGCUACGCGCGCACCCAGUUCCUGAGCCCCACGCAGAACCCGUCCUCGCGUCCUCUCCGCAGCGAGGUGCAGUACGUGGUGCUCCAGAAUGUGGCCACCAUGUCCAUCAAGCGCCGGGGCAUGUUCGAGCCUUACCUGAAGAGCUUCUACAUCAGGUCCACCGACCCCACCCAGAUCAAGAUCCUCAAGCACACCCAGAGAGGCCCCAGUGUCAGCUACGCCUGGGGCUCGUGGGGCAGCCCCCUCACCGUGGCGCCCCGCGGGCUCACUGCCUGCGGCCAUGCCUGGCGCCCGCAGACCUACAUCCGCAGCGUGGACAAGGACUUCGUGGCGGCCACAAUCCAGGCCAUUGGCCGCUGCGCGACCAACAUCGGCCGGGUCCGUGACACCUGCCUCAACGGCCUGGUGCAGCUGCUGUCCAACCGCGACGAGCUCGUGGUGGCCGAGUCUGUGGUGGUCAUUAAGAAGCUGCUGCAGAUGCAGCCGGCGCAGCACGGGGAGAUCAUCAAGCACCUGGCCAAGCUCACCGACAACAUCCAGGUGCCCAUGGCCCGCGCCAGCAUCCUGUGGCUCAUCGGCGAGUACUGUGAGCGCGUGCCCGAGAUCGCACCCGACGUCCUGCGGAAGAUGGCCAAGUCCUUCACGGCCGAGGAGGACAUCGUCAAGCUGCAGGUCAUCAACCUGGCGGCCAAGCUCUACCUGACCAACUCCAAGCAGACCAAGCUGCUGACCCAGUACGUGCUGAGCCUGGCCAAGUACGACCAGAACUACGACAUCCGCGACCGCGCUCGCUUCACCCGGCAGCUCAUCGUGCCGUCGGGGCAGGGCGGCGCUCUCAGCCGUCACGCCCGGAAGCUCUUCCUGGCUCCCAAGCCAGCCCCUGUCCUGGAGUCGUCCUUCAAGGACCGGGACCACUUCCAGCUGGGCUCACUGUCCCACCUGCUCAACGCCAAGGCCACCGGCUACCAGGAGCUCCCGGACUGGCCGGAGGAGGCCCCGGACCCUUCUGUGCGCAACGUGGAGGUGCCUGAAUGGACCAAGUGCUCCAGUCGGGAGAAGAGGAAGGAGAAGGAGAAGCCCUUCUACUCCGACUCUGAGGGGGAGUCAGGCCCCACCGAGUCUGCAGACAGCGACCCCGAGUCUGAGAGCGAGUCGGACAGCAAGAGCAGCGGCGAGAGCGGCUCUGGGGAGGCCAGUAGCGAGUCGGAUAACGAGGACCAGGAUGAGGACGAGGAGAAAGGGAGGAGCAGUGAGAGUGACCAGAGUGAGGAGGAAGGGGAGAAGGCAAAGAAGAGGAAGGAGGCGCCAGCGGGGCGGGCCAGCGGCUCCCCCUCAGACGAGGACAGCGACUCCAGCAGCAGCUCCUCAGCGUCGGACUCGGCCUCUGAGUCCGCGGAGGAGCAGGGCGGCUCAGCCUCCUGGCGGAAGAAAACGCCCCCCAGUGGCAAAGGUGUCCCUGCUGCCAAGGAAGUCUCCUUGCUCGACCUAGAGGACUGUGAGUUGGCCGUGGGCGUCACGGGGAAGGAGACCCGGGGAGCGCGGCCAGGGAGACUCCCAGGAGCUCUGCGCUGGGGCUCAGGGCUGGAGCAGGGGGCAGGCUGCACACCUGGUCAGGCCUGUGGGGGCAGCGGGACACCGCCAGGGGUGCGGUUUGGGGUCAAGCGCGCGUCGGAGCCGCCGCCCCGCGGGCCUCGGCGCGCUGUCCGUGGUGCUGAAGCGCUGCCGCGGCGGCCGGGAGAGAGAAGGAGCGAACAGGCAGAGCCUCCGGGGGGAGUGGGCUCCGGGGGCCCUGAGGAGCUGGCCCGUGGGAGGGCCGCCCCGCCACACCAAGGCGUCUCCAGGCUGCCCGGUGGAGGACCUGGGGACGCUCACGCCUUGCCCGCUGUGACUCCCCCAGGCAAGCUGACGGGCAUGAACGAGAUCACUGAGAAGCUCACGCUGCCGGACGCCUGUCGGAGUGACCACGCCGUGGUGCUGAAAGUGACCGCCACCGCCAACCUGGGCCGCGUCCCCUGUGGGACAUCUGAUGGGUACAGGUUUGCAGGGAGGACACUGACCAGCGGGAGCCUGGUCCUGCUGACCCUCGAUGCCCGGCCCACCGGCGCUUCCCAGCUGACUGUCAACAGCGAGAAGAUGGUCAUUGGCACCAUGUUGGUGAAGGAUGUGGUCCAGGCCCUGACGCAGUGACGCCCCGGGGCGCUGGCUGGGCCCCUCCCCCAUCAGGGUACUCUGCACACAGCACCCCUCAGCCCCCCACCCCCAGCUUUCGCGUCCUAGAGGGAGGGCGCCGUGCUCCCUUCCACCCCAUAGCGCCGUGUGGCUAUUUAUGUAGCGAAAUCUCAAUAAAAGGCUUCUCCCCUCUUGGCCCCUCCUGACUCCCUCCGGCCCUGUUGGGCGUGGGGGUGCGGGAGGGCUGCU